AUGUUAUCUUUUAAUAAUGUAGCAAAAGUCGAAGAAGGUAACGAAGAUUUAGCGGGUGCAUCUGAAACACCCGGAGUGAGUAUCUUGGGUAGGAGCAGCGAUGGUGAUACUAGCACUGUGGUGCUUCGCCCUUCUGCAAUUGCUUCGUCUCCUCCUAAUAAUGAUAGCAGCAACCAGCAAAAUGAAACUAGUGGAUUUGUUUUAGAACAAAACAUACAACAUUCAGAAGGCUGUGCCUCAAACCCGCUGAUUGAAACUACACCGGCUAAUUUGGUACCAGCUUCAAGAGGCAGACAUUUUAGUGUUGGAUAUGUCAGAAUGGUGCGCCGCAAUCGUCGGCGCCUUCGAAUACGGCUCUUUGGGGAAUGGGUGAAAUUGCAAAUCGACGGAUUCGUUACCAAAAUCUAUCAAAAAAUUAACCAACGAAUUCAGAAUCAACUAAUUCUUGCUCAAGGAAAUCACAAUGCUGCUCAGUCAAUCCACCAACGUGUUGCUGCUUCGACACAAACCGCUUGCGCUUGUUCCGUUGAGACACAGACCGAUUUAUCUUAUCUAACCGAGAAAAGAAAAGAAAAGGAAAAAUCAACCGUGAUAAAUAAAGAUGGACAUUCAAAAUACUCGGAAGCAAUCGUUAAUGGAUCACCUAGAAAAAUAGCAAAUCCAUUCACAUCAAAAAUGCGAGAUGAUAAGAAGAAAGAACUGGAAAAGAAACAAUUAAAAAAGGAUCAAAAACCCAAGUUUGAAAAUUCGUCUCAUACGCCUAGAAGAAACAUAAAAUCAAAUUAUACAAAUUCGCAUAGAUUUUCUUUUAAGCGAUCACAAUCAAAGAAAUAUUCUCCAAAGCCUAAACCUUCGCCACAAGACACAACCAAAAGAAAGCCACGGUAUGUUCCAUUUAGAGAACCAAUAUAUGAUGCACCAGCCACGCCAACACCACCAAUACAAAGACCGAUCAUACCUUCUAAUGUAAUGAUUCCAUCCGGAAAACCACUGGAUUCAUUUUUACCUCUGGUCAGGGAUCCAAUAACACCUCCAUUGCUCUCGCCUCAAAUUCCUGAAACCACCAAUAAUAAAAAUAGUGAUGAAAGUAUUGCUAGCAUACAACCUUCUGUCAGCAAUGAUGUCGAAAAGAAAGCUGUCACCGAAAAGAAAGCCAUCGUCGAAGAGAAAGUCAUCGCCGAAAAGAAAAACAUUGAUGCAGUCAAAAACAAUUCUCUUAAAAUCUCGUCAGUAGAAAAGAGACAGAAGACAAAAGAUCGAGAUGAAUUAACUCCUCGAAAGAGAACCAAAAACAAACCCCGAUCUAAAGCGAAGAGCACUAAAGCAAAAGAUAAAUCAAUAAUUACUAGGAAAUAUGAAAAGAUGGCGAAAACAAAUUAUAAUUUACCCGAGAAAUCAUCCUCAUCAGAUUUUGAGGUUGAUGAAACAAUUGCACACCCUAUUCAAACAAAACCACCAAACUCGGAAAUUACACGCAGAAAUGCAAGCCCUGGUUAUUAUUCAGCGAUUUUCUCGUCUGAUGAAGAACCACCUCCGUCAUCAAAUUUCAGAAAAAUGAUCCAAGGAAACAAACUAGCUGGAUGUUAUAAUACAAGUCUCUCUUCGGAUGAAAAGAUUAAUGACGCUGAAAUUAUAAUUACAGAAAGUAAAUCAACUUGGCAAACAUCAACAGACAAAAAAAACGAAAAUAUUGUUUCAAAUGAUGCUCAACCUUCCGCAUCAUUUUCGCCCGAAAAAACAGCAUCAAUUUCACCGGUAGAAUCUGUAAGAUCAUUGACGCCUAAUAAAACAGCACCACUUUCUCCAGUAAAAUCAUUUACGCCUAAUAAGACAACAUCAAUUUCACCAGUAAAAUCAUUAACACCUAACGAAGAUCAAAAAGCAAAAGAAGCUUAUGAAUCUACUGUACAGAUGACAACAUUUACUAUUCCGGCAACCACCACUGUUGGCACUAGUGUUAAUAUUGUCACUGAUGAGAAAAAGCUUACAGAAAUAUCUCCAUCAACACCAUCUUCACUUGUUAAAUCACCGGAAAAAGUGCAAAUGGACAUCUCUCCUGAAAAACCAAAAGAACAAUUGAGUACAGCAAAUGAUUACUCUUCUAACAUUCAACCGAAUUCUUUGGACACAAUUGCCGGUAUCAUGCCAAAAAGCACAUCUAGUCAUAAUAUAAAUUUCGCAAGUACAGAAAGGUUUUCUUUUGAAAAUUUAUUCCAGUCUCAGAAUCAACAACCUCAAACUUUCAUUUCUGGCAAUUCAUUGCAACCUACGACUAGUGGCCUUUCGCAGGCUCCACAACAGAUCACAGAAAAUUUCACAUCCAGCGGGCUGAAUCAACCUCCACAGAUGUCUUUAAACUUUAACUUUAACUUUAACGCUCUCCAAUCUCAACAACCGUCGUCAUCGCAAACGUCGUUUAAUUCUACUACCGAGAAUUUUACGUUUACAAAUCCACAAUUUCCAAAUGCACAAUUUCCAAGUGCAAUCACCGGAAAUUUAAACAUUCAAAAUAUCCACGAAAGAAAAAUAGCAGCUCCUCGUAAGAGAAGAAAGUAA